AUGGUACCCACAGCACUCAGAUCCAAACCUACCGUCCACAACGGUGCCCUCCACAACAUGUACAAAUCGCAACAAUCCGACCGCUCUCGCCACGACGACGGCCGCCGCUCGCCCGUUUCUCCUAUAGAAUCGAACGGCGAAACAUGGAAGUACCCACCGCGCGCGCAAGCCCAUCUGAAAGGACUGGGGCCUCUUCACGAUAAACCCCACGGCGAAGCGCCCAAGGACCAUUUCCGCUCCCGCCCAAUGUCCUAUUACGAUGGCCUGCCCGCUUCACCGGAGCCAGAUACCAAGGCAGUCUUCGCCGACCUUCCCGCCGCGCCUGCCAAAAAGAGGCUAUCCCGCCCCUUCGAGCAGCCGUAUCCCACGUCUAAUCAGGGGCGCCAGGCGCCAGGAAAGGGACAAACCUCCACACCAUCCGCUGCCGUACCGAUGCAAGCUAACCUGUCCCGCGCAGAUUCUCGUCUUCGCCGCCAACCGGCCGGAUUCUCGCAUCCGAAGGCUCCGGCCCCGCUGGCGAUUCCGCCGCCGGCCCACCAGUCAAGACGUCAACGCGAGCCGAGCCCCUAUCGAGAAGACCAGGCUCCGGCACAGCGUUCCGUCCGUCAUCAGGCAAAGCAAGUUUCCGGCCCGCGCCCGGCUCGUCAUCAGGGGUGGAAUCCGCUCCAGGAGCCAGCUCGUCAAAAAGGUACCGUUUAUGUCCAGCGUAAAGAUCAGCGUCGCGGUGACGACCUCGAACGGCAAGGGGGGCUCGCUCGCUCGAAGAGUCGGGCGAAAGACAAUGAUCCUGAGUACAAGUCCGGACGGAGAUGUUUCUUCUCUCUUAUGGUUAUGAUGAUUAUAAUUAUUGUUGGCGUUGUCGUUAUGGUCGAGAAGAACAAGAGUCGAGGUUGA